AUGGUCCAAGCUACAGAUGGUGCCAGUAUUUCCAAUGGCGAGACCGAGGAAGACGAUCCAUACAAGCCACUCUCAGGCGUGCCCAUGUAUGAUGGCCGUAGAUUGGUGACCAUCCGUGCCAUCUUGACUGGUGGUGUGCUUGGCUCUCUGAUUGCCUGCUCAAACCUGUAUCUCGGGUUAAAGACUGGCUUCGGUGCCGAUGCCUCCUUGUUCUCAGCCAUCUUUGGCUACGCUAUUUGUAAACUCCUCGAAAAGUCCAAGAUACCCUUCCUGUCCGGCCACUUCGGUCCACACGAGAACAACAUCGUCCAGGCAACGGCUCUGGGAUGUAUCGGCGUUGGCUUCAUGUUCAUGAGCGGCGUGCCUGCCAUGUACCAGCUGAAGCUUCUUGGACCUGGCCCUCAAUCCGACUACGGAAGAAUGCUCUGUCUCACACUUGUAGCCGGGUUUUGGGGCCUCGGUUUUGCCGUUCCUCUCAGGCGCAUGUUCAUCCUCAGGCUGGCACGUCAACUGAGCCUUUACUUUCCUCUGGGACAAGCGUCAGCCAUUACGAUACGCGCUCUUCAUUCAACGACUGAGGGCUCCAUGGGGGCCAGGGAGAAGAUCAAGGCAAUCAGCUACUCCUUUUCGGCAUCUGUUGUAUGGUCCGUCGCCACCUCUUACGCCCCAGGAAUUCUCUACCAGUGGAAUCCCUUUUGGUGGAUCUACAAAUGGGGAGGCCAUGGUAUUCUCAGCGCCGUGAACUGGGGAUGGCUCUCCUGGCAAUGGUCCCCUUCUAUGAUCGGAGUGGGCAUGCUCAUCGAUCUUAAUGCUUCUCUGUCCUAUCUUCUCGGAACAGUUCUGGCCUGGGGAGUAAUUGGGCCAAUACUCGUGGCAAAGGGUGAAGCCAUCGGGAUUCCCUACGAUCCCACCAACCCCAAGCUGAUCACCUACAAUGCCUUUGUUCCCGAGCAGCUGAAGACGAACCCUUCGCCUCGAUACUGGGUGCUGUGGCCAGCCGUCCUGAUGAUGCUUGCUGUUUCCAUCGCCACAAUUCUCCUAGAGACCAAGAACUUUGGAAAGCUUGGCAAGUAUGGACUCCAGCGGCUGGAGUCUAGGGUUGCUAAGUAUACGGGAAGACGCCUGCUCUUCAAGGCCGACUCUGAUCCGGGCGCUCUGGCUCUUGGAGACUUUGAAAUCCAGGACCCUGUGCCAAAGGAAUAUCAGGUUCGCUGGUGGGAGUGGUCAUCUGUGACAGUUCUGGCAUUCGUGUUUGCCAUGAUCACUCUCAAGUACACCUUCGGUGUGCCCCCUACACUCAUCCUACUCAAUAUCUUCCUAGGCUUUAUCUGGUCAUUCGUAGUGAUCCAAGUCUUUGGAGCAUCUGGUACCAACCCCAUCUCAGCUGUUGCGAAGGGUUCCCAGUUUAUCACCGGCGGCGUGCUUCGUAACCAGGUCGAGAAGCAGGGAUUUGACCAUGCUGCCCGCUCCACUCUCGUGGGGACGGUCUUGUCUUCUGCGGCUGCCAACCAGGCUGGCGAGCUGUGCCAGGAUUUCCGCACAGGCUUUCUCUUGGGAACGCCAGCCCGGGCUCAGUGGCACGCUCAGUUGUUGGGUACGCUCAUAGCCGUCUUUCUAUCCCCAGGCCUGUUUGUCUUGUUCACCAAAGCGUUUCCAUGCAUCACCGAUGCAUCGGCCACAACCUGCCAGUUUGCUCUGCCAUCAGUCACAGCAUGGCGAGUUGUCACCGAAGCCAUUCUCGCCGAAGACUUUCCCAUUAGCCAGUCCAGUUGGAUAUUUUCUGUCAUCUUCUCUAUCCUGGGAAUGGCUCUUAUUGUCCUAAAGCGGUACUUGGCACAGAGGUCGCAUUUAAAGAAGUGGGAGGCAUUUGUACCCAACAUGUCGCUUGUUGGACUCGCAAUGACCAUUCCUGGGUCUACCACGACAGUCACAGUGGCCAUCGGUUCAGUCAUUGCGUGGAUAUGGAAUAAGCGCUGGCCCAAGUCCCACGCCAGAUUCAUGUACGCCGUCGCAUCAGGCGGUAUUGCCGGAGAGGGUGUUGGCUAUGUUGUCCUCAGUGUUCUCCAGAUCGCGGGGGUCGGCGGCAGUCAGCUUGGAACAAUGAUCGGAUGUCCUGGAGGUGCGUGUUGA